AAUUUAUAGUGCUCCAUUGUUAUGUAAAGGUAUAUAACUGCAACAUUAUUACAUAUAUAUAUAUAAAUAGAACACAAACAUAUUUCCCCACAAGGAAACAUAAAUUAUCAGAGUGUUGAAACGAUACACUGAUAUCUGGAUGACUACUAAAUGGCCCUGCCCACUGAACUGCCCAAAAACCUGAAGAAAGUAUAGCCUAUAAAAAGAAAUGGAUGUUCACUUGUUGUGACUCAGGUCUGCACUUACCACAACUUGCACUACAACUACAACUACUAGAACCUGAAGAAGACCAGCUGCCACAUAGAUAUAAAGAAUCAUCAUCACAGUGACAGUGCUGAGCACUUUAUAUUUGAAUAAACAUGGGAAAGAUCAUUCACGAUAAAAUGAAGGAGCUCCCCGUGACCCAGACAAAGGUUAAGGAAAACAGAGUCAGCAGAUGUCCGAUGUCAGCACAAAUGAUGAAAAACUUUCAAAAUGGUUCAAGCCACCAGGACACACUUUAUCACCGAGCUGUCAAGAGUCAGAUCUGCAAGCCAAAAAUGUGUGAGGGAUCCAUAAUGAACCCAAAGACUUUAAUGCGUUCUUCUGCCAUUUCCCCACCUUCCACCAAUGAACUCCUCACGCAAGCCAUCGAUUUCAUCAACCAGUACUACAAAUCCUUCAAAACCUUGAAAAUUGAUGAGCAUCUGGCCCGUGUUAAUGAGGUGGCCAAUGAGAUUGAUGCCACUGGAAGUUAUCAGCUCACCCCACAGGAGCUCGCAUUUGGAGCCAAACAGGCUUGGAGGAACGCACCCAGGUGCAUCGGCAGGAUUCAGUGGUCCAAUUUACAGGUGUUUGAUGCACGCAAAUGCAGGACGUCUAAGGAAAUGUUCCAGUUCAUGUGUUCUCAUAUCAAGUUUGCCACAAACGGAGGCAAUUUAAGGUCAGCCAUCACUGUGUUCCCUCAAAGAACCGAUGGCCAGCAUGAUUUCCGGGUUUGGAACAGUCAACUCAUUAGAUAUGCUGGCUAUCAGAUGGAGGACGGCCGAAUUAUAGGGGACCCUUCUAAUGUGGAGUUCACUGAGAUUUGUGUCCAACUUGGAUGGACACCAAAGUACGGGUCCUUUGAUGUGCUGCCACUGAUCUUGCAGGCAAAUGGGGAAGAUCCUGAACUAUUUGAAAUUCCCCCGGAGUUGGUACUGGAGGUUGAAAUGGAGCACCCACAGCAUAAGUGGUUCAAAGAUCUGAACCUCAGAUGGUACGCACUGCCUGCAGUGUCCAAUAUGUUGCUGGAGAUUGGUGGACUUGAGUUCACAGCAUGUCCUUUCAAUGGUUGGUACAUGGGCACUGAGAUUGGUGUGAGGGACUUCUGUGAUACUCAGCGCUACAACAUUCUUGAGAAAGUUGGACGUUGUAUGGGGUUGGAUACACACAACCUGUCAUCACUGUGGAAGGAUGAGGCUCUGGUUGCCAUCAAUGUUGCAGUGAUUCACAGUUUUCAGAAAAAUAAGGUGACCAUCACGGACCACCACUCUGCCGCUGAGUCCUUCAUGAAGCACAUGGAGACUGAAUUGCGCCUGCGUGGUGGCUGUCCUGCUGACUGGGUCUGGCUGGUGCCUCCCAUGUCUGGCUCUCUGACCCCUGUGUUCCACCAGGAGAUGAUCAGCUACAUCCUGUCUCCCUUCUAUUACUACCAGCCUGAUCCCUGGUCAACAUAUGUCUGGAAAGACCAAACAAAAGGACUAAAGAAACGAAAACGAAUCAGCUUCAAUGCACUUGCAAAGGCGAUGGUCUUCUCUCAAAUACUCAUGCAGUCUGCCUUGAAAAAGAGAGUGCCUUGCACCAUCCUCUAUGCUACUGAAACAGGAAAAUCUCAGACCUUUGCUAUAAAGCUCAAGUCAAUGCUCAGCUGUGCUUUCAAUCCCAGGCUACUUUGCAUGGAGGACUACAAUUGUCAGGACCUCAAGAAAGAGCGUCUUAUGAUGGUGGUCACCAGCACAUUUGGCAAUGGAGACCCUCCAGGAAAUGGAGAGAGUUUUCAGAAGCAGCUCAUGAACUUGAAUAAGCUGCAAAACAAUAUGAGGUAUGGUGUUUUUGGCCUUGGCUCUCGCAUGUACCCACAGUUUUGUGCUUUUGCCCAUGCCGUGGAUGAUAAGCUCGCAGAGUUGGGAGGCAAACGUGUUGCACCCAUAGGAGAGGGAGAUGAGAUCAAUGGGCAGGAAGAGGCUUUCUCUGCCUGGGCUUGCAACGUGUUUAAGGCUGCAUGUGAGGAAUUCGGUGUUAAGGGCCAACUGUCAGGGUCUGAACGCCUAACAGAGACCUGGGAUGCUCUGAGACACCGAGUGCAACCUGACAGCAGCACCCUAGACUGCAUCUCAGCCCUGUCAGCACUCCACUCUAAAACUGUGUUUCCCAUGAAGCUGAAGAAGAGAAAGAAUCUCCAGAGCAAAGAGUCAAGCCGCUCUACUUUACUCGUGGAGCUGGAGGUGGAUUGUGGGAGAGAGGUCUUGAAUUAUGCUGCAGGUGACCAUGUAGGAGUUUUCCCAGGGAAUUCACAUGAGCUAGUGAUGGGCAUUCUGAAGCACCUUCCCAAUGCUCCUCCCACCAAUCAGAGUGUCCGACUGGAAUACCUGCCUGAAUCUGGCCCUGGAAGUGAAGGAUGGCAGACAGAUUCUCGUAUCCCAGCUUGCUCUCUAACCCAGGCUCUUACAUUCCUCCUGGACAUCACCACACCACCUUCUCAAAGCUUCCUACGCAAGCUCUCACAAUUGACCAAGAAGGAAGAUGACCAACAGCGCCUGUUAGAACUGGCAUCGAACUUCAAGUGUUACUCAGAAUGGAAAGCAUUCCGUAAGCCCAACGUCUUGGAGAUUCUGGAGGAGUUUCCUUCCCUGGAGCUCUCUGCAGAAUUCCUCCUCAGUCAGCUACCCCUGCUGAAGCCCCGCCUCUACUCUGUCAGCUCCUCCCCUGGUCUCUACCCUCACGAGCUUCACCUCACAGUGUCUGUGGUCAACUACCGCACCCAAGAUGGAAAGGGUCCGCUACAUCAUGGUGUCUGCAGUACAUGGCUCAACACCCUUAAAGAAGGACAGACAGUUCCCUGCUUUAUUCAUGUAUCCGGUGGAUUCCAUCUUCCACCAGAUCCCACCACGCCGACUCUCUUAAUCGGAGCAGGAAGUGGCAUUGCUCCCUUCCGCAGCUUCUGGCAGCAACGCUUCCACGACAUGAAAAAGACAGAUUUGAAAAAGAGUCCUAUGAUGCUGGUGUUUGGAUGUCGUGGUGCAGACACGGAUCAUCUUUAUAAAGAGGAAACGUUUAAUAUGAGAGAAAAUGGCACGUUGAAGAGCAUCACUCCAGCGUACUCUCGCCAGGCUGGUUGCCCCAAGGUGUACGUUCAGGAUGUCCUGAAGAAGCAGCUUAGUGAAGAGGUUUGGGAGGUCUUGAACCAGAGGUCUGGACAUGUGUAUGUGUGUGGGAGCAUGAACAUGGCCCGGGAUGUCGCACACGCUAUACAGGAAAUCCUGGUUGGCCGUCUGGGUAUAACACUCACGCAGGCUGGAGAAUAUCUGGGCCAACUAAAAGUUGAAAAGAGGUACCAUGAGGACAUCUUUGGAGCAUAAUUCUGGAACAAGGACCUCAGGAAGAUAAAAAAAAAAAAAAAAAA